CCGUAGACCGUCUCUAUGAAAGGAGUAUAAGCGUCUUUGUAUCCAAGGCAAAACUUGUACCCACUGGCUGAAAGGUGGAAAUGUUACCGCUUUUCUUUUUUUAUUUACGUUCAUUCAAUUCAGCUCAGUGGCAAUGUCGGUCACCCCUGCCGUGUUCUUAAUUAUGGUCAGUGGUCAGAUAGAAGGUGCUGAUUUUCCUGAGUUUGAUGAUCUCUACUGCAAAUACUCCUUUGUCUAUGGUCAUGACUGGGCACCAGUAUCUGGCUUGGAAGAAGGCAUAUCACAGAUUACAUCUAAAAACAGAGAUGGACAGCAGAACUUUGUGUGGAACUUUCCAAUUGACAUCACUUUUAAAAGCACCAAUCCUUAUGGCUGGCCACAGAUAGUCGUGUGUGUUUAUGGACCAGAUGUUUUUGGAAAUGACGUAGUACGAGGAUAUGGAGCAGUUCAUAUUCCUUUCUUACCUGGAAGGCACAAGAGGACUGUUCCGAUGUUUGUUCCAGAAUCUGCAUCCAGACUUCAGAAGUUUACAAGCUGGUUCAUGGGAAGACAUCCAGAGUUUACUGACCCAAAGGUUGUUGCCCAGGGAGAAGGACGAGAAGUUGCGAGGGUAAGAUCACAAGGUUUUGUGACUCUUUCUUUCAACAUCAUAACAAAAGAUUUGAAGAAGCUGGGAUAUGAAGCAUCAUCGCAGCUGCACAUUCCUUCAGGAGCAUCAGCUACUGAUUCUUUUCAUAAAACCCUAUGAGGCAGUUUGACCAAGAUCAUGUGGAUUUAAUUUAUCAGUUUUGCAAUAAUUAUGGCUUUUUUUUUCUAAGCACAUUUUGAAAUGAAUUAAGUGAAUUUUAUUGUGUACUAACAAAAACAUGUAUAGGUUUUUAGAUAGCAGAGGUCUACCAAUAACAGGUUCUAGACAUCUAUAAGAAUGAAUAUUUAAUUUUCAGACAUUUUAAUUAUUCUACAGUCAGUGUCUUAGAUAUCUUGCAUUUGAGGUGAGUUUAAUUUUUAAUUUGUUACAAAUACAUUUUUCCUUUAAAUGCAUUUACAUUUUCUGUGUUAUUUGAAUGUUACUAAUGUGGUACAUUUAAGAGAAAUAUCAGGACAAUGAGAUGACUUUCUUACAUUGACUAUUAAUAUGUUAAUCUGGUCUGAUUUUACCUUAUGUACUGCAGAUUGUGUGUACUUAAAUGGAUUUAUUUCAACCUCCACUUCAUGUUUUUAUUUCUUGUUACAAGGUUAUAACUGAAAAUGAGUCUUAGCCUAGUAACUUAUAAAAAAUACGGCAUUUACUGUUUGUGUCCAGAUUGUUAUUGAAAGUAUUGAGUAUUGUAUUUACGCUGUUUAUUUUUUUAUGCACAGUGAUUGUUUAUAUGACAAUUUAUUAUAGAUAAAAAGUACUCUGUGUAAAAUUAUCAUAAGCAUAUUUUCUGAGUUAUAUUGUAUUUAUUGAUUUAUGGUAUAUUAAUUGGUUAUAUUUUAUUUGGAUUGCAAAGUCUGCAGCUUUUAAAUAUAUUGCCAUUAGAGAUCAUAUGCGAAAGCUGCCUACAAAUUUGACUUUUUACAGCUUGAAUAUAUAGCAAUAUAAGUACUGUUGAACUUGAUCUGCAACAUCUGUACAUAAGCACAGAAAAGAAAACAAAUAUUUCU